AUGGCCGACACCGACGCCAUUAAGCCCGCGGUUGCGCCUUCCACCGACGAGCCUACCGUCCUCGAGACCACGCCUGCCGGGCUUGCUGGGCCGGCGGUCGUGCCUGCCCCGGCAGACAAGGCCGUCAUCGAUCCCGUGGAAGUCGCGACCGAAGAUGAGGAGCGCACCAGCUGGCGCCUGUACGCCAUUCUGGCUUCCCUUUUCACCAUUGUUGCCACGUGCAUCCCGACCAUUGCUGCGUCGCUGCACUCUGCCACCGGCUAUGUGUGGAUCGGCGGCGCCUACCUGCUAGCCACGGCCGCAGCUGGGCCCAUCUGGGCUCGUGGCAGCGACAUCUGGGGCCGCAAGCCCGCGCUCCUUGCCGCCAUCGUGCUGUUUGCUGUCGCUAGCACGGUUGCUGCGCUGAGCCGCAACAUGCCCACCAUGAUCGCCGGCCGUGCGCUGCAGGGCGUGGCGGGCGGCGGCGUGUUCCCGCUUGUCACCAUCACCAUCUCGGACCUGUUUAGCGUCCGCCGUCGCUCGCUCUACCUGGGCGCCCUGGCCAUCGUGUGGGCCGUCGCCGGCUCGGCGGGCCCGCUGCUCGGCGGUGCACUGACGCAGCUGGCCAGCUGGCGCUGGUGCUUCUGGAUCAACCUGCCCAUCUGCGGCGUGUCCUUUGCCCUCGUGGUCCUCUUCCUCGACGUGCACAACCCGCGCACGCCCCUCAAGGACGGCCUGCGGGCCGUCGACUGGCUCGGCACCGUUGCCAUCCUGGCCGUCACCCUGCUGGUGCUGCUCGGCCUCGACUUUGGCGGCGCCACCUUCCCCUGGAACAGCCCCAAGGUCAUCGCCCUGAUCGCCGUGGGCGUCUCCAUGAUUGGCGUCUUUGUCUACACCGAGGCCCGCCUGGCCACGUUCCCCAUCAUGCCGCUCGGCAUGUUCACCCACUGGCACAACAUUGCCAUCUGCAUCAUGUCCUUUGGCCACAACAUGGUCGCCAUUGGCUGCGAGUUUUACCUGCCCCUCUAUUUCCAGAGCGCCAAGCAGGCCUCGCCCCUGCGCAGCGGCCUCAUGCUCAUCCCCAUGACCGCCGCCGAGGCUGCCGUCGACAUCCUGUCCGGCGUCCUCAUCCACUACACCGGCCGCUACCGCGAGAUGAUGUGGGUCGGCACCUCUCUCAUGGCCCUCGGCACCGGCCUCUUCCUCAUCUUCACGCCCGACACCCCCAUUGGCACCAUCAUUGGCAUCGAAAUCAUUGGCGGCGUCGGCACCGCCCUGCUCUUCCAGUCGCCCAUGCUCGCCGUCCAGAACACCGUGCGCCAGUCCGAGACCGCCACCGCCACCGCCACCAUGGGCUUCAUCCGCAACGUCGCCACGGCCCUGUCCGUCGUCUUGGGCGGCGUCGUGCUGCAAAACGGCAUGAACACCGAGCAGCACACGCUCGAGGCCGCCGGUCUCAACGGCACCACGCUCGCUGCCUUUGCCGGCAACCAGGCCGCCGCCAACGUCGACCUCAUCGCCGACAUUGCAGACGCCGGCCAGCGCCGCGCCGUCCAAGACGCCUUCUCGGCCAGCAUCAAGAACAUCUUCCUGAUGUACACGGUCAUUGCCGGCGUCUCGGUCCUCGCUAGCCUGUUUGUGAGGCAGCGCAAGCUGCAGACGGAGCACUCGGAGACCAAGACCGGCAUCGACAAUUUGAAGAAGCGCGAGUGA